AAGAAGCGCCCGCGUAGGAGGCAUGAGGAGAUCGACCGCAUGUACCGCUGCGGCUUCGAAGGCUGCGACAAGAGCUACGGCACGCUCAACCAUCUCAAUGCGCACGUCGCGCUGCAGAAGCAUGGAGCGAAGCGCACGCCGCAAGAGUUUAGGGAGAUGAGGAGGGCGUGGAGAGCAAAGAAGAAGGAG